AUGAAGGCUUUGCUUGUCCUCCUGCUGGGAGCAGCCCUGUGCAUGGACUCGGGUUCUUCUUUGAAAUGCUACAGCUGCACAGCACAGCUCAGCAACUCCAACUGUAAGAUGUCUGUGAACUGUAAGGAUUCGGAAAUGUGCAAGACAGAUGUGAUCGGAGUCAUAGGGCUUUUCAGCAUCAUCAGCAAGGGCUGUGCUUCACCAUGUGAGCCAUCCUAUCAGGACCUCACUGUGGGGAACAGGAAUAUCUCCUGCUGCAGCAACGACCUCUGCAACAUCAAUGCAGCAGGCAGCAUGACGUGCAGCUAUGGGAUGACAGCAGGGAUAUCAGCCAGCAUGCUCUGGACCUUCCUGAACAACAGACUGUGA